AUGGAUGUAGCCAUCCAACAUCCUUGGUUCCGUCAUUACCUUUUCUUUGAUGAGCAUUUUGGAGAACACCUUCAGGAGGCUGAACUUUUCCCAACUUCCAGUCUACUAUCACCUCCCUUCUUCAGAUACCCCAGCUUCAGGCUUCCAAGCUGGAUAGACAGUGGACUGUCUGAGAUGAGAAUUGAUAAGGAUAGAUUCUCUGUAAACCUGGAUGUGAAGCAUUUCUCACCAGAAGAACUAAAGGUGAAGAUUGUUGGAGAUUUUAUUGAAAUCCAUGGGACGCAUGAGGAACGGCAGGAUGAACAUGGCUUUGUUUCCAGAGACUUCCAGCGAAGAUACAAAAUUCCUUCAGAUGUGGAUUUUCAAUCCAUCACCUCAACUUUGUCUCGAGACGGUGUACUGACAGUCUCUGGGCCAAGAAAGCUGUCUGAAGUCCCUGAACGCUGCAUCCCUAUUACUCGGGAAUAAAAGUCAUCCAUUGGUGGUACUUCACAAAAGUAGGACCUGUUACCUCUUCCAAGGACCGAUGAUAAUG